CCUACCUGAGACAGCAAUGGUCUACCAUGGCGGCAUCCAGCGUAUCCGAGAUAGGGUCCAUAAAUGCUACUGAUUCAAGAAUGAUGGGCAGUCCACAGCUUCCCCGCUCAAAAUUAAGCGAAAUCCAUUCUACGGAGCAGACAGGCGUGCCUUUGAACACUCCAUGGACUUUCUGGCUCGAUAAAUCAAUCCCAGGAACUUCAGCUGCCCAGUAUGAGGCAACUCUGAGGAAACUGUAUACCGUCAAUACAGUACAGGGUUUCUGGGCUGUUUACAACAACAUACCAGGUGUUGAUAUGCUCAACGUGAGAUAUACCUACCAUCUGAUGAGGGACGAACGCAGACCUAUUUGGGAAGAUGUAAAUAAUUGUCAUGGUGGAAACUGGAGGUUGAAGUGUAAUAAAGUUGAUUCACCUACAGUGUGGAAAGAACUGUUACUAGCGGCCAUCGGAGAACAGCUGUCCGACAAUAUGGCCGAAGGAGAUGAGGUUGGAGGUAUGAGUAUCAGUGUUAGAGAAAGAGACGACAUUAUUCAGAUCUGGAAUAAACAGUCCAACCUCCAUGAACAGGCAACCAUCAUACCCAAAGUGAAGGAGCUUCUCCCCAAAGUCAACUUUACCGCAGUCUUCUACAAAGCUUUCCAAACACAUCAGGCAUUUGAAGGACAGAAGAAGCUCACCUGAACUCCACCAAUACCCUCCCAGAGGAGGAAGACAUUUCAUUACAGAGAUGGAAUGUAGCGGACAUUUUGUGACAACCUGUGACAGGUCUUCAGUUGGUGCUUCCUUUGAGAAAAUUGGAAUGGAAUGCAGUGUCCCGUGAAAGGACAAACUGUGGGUUAAUAUCCAUGUCACCCAGAACUAUGUGACAUUGAGGUUGCUCAUAUUAGUGAUUGUGUUAUUAAGAUUUGUCAGACAGGUGUGUAUUGGUACAUUUUUGGAAUGUACAAUUUUUAACUUGUAAUAAUAUCAUUGUGAUGUUGUCAUCUUAAAUUCAUAGCAAAGUCAAAAAUAGUGGUGUUUCUCCCGAGUUUUCUGCCGGAUAAGAAAUCUAUAAAAUGGAAACUUUUGUCAGAUCUUCUUUUGGCAAAAGGUAAGAAGUUAUUAUAAAAUCAUAUCUUUUAAUCUAUCUUAAAUCUGUACUUAGACUAAAACAUAAAAAAAAACAUUUGAAGGAAGAGCACAUCCACAUGACAUAUUGGAGUAUACCUCAUGUCUGUUGUAAAUGCUCCCCUGAAUCAUCUGGAAUGAAAAUGAGCUACAGAAAAGUUUUGGUUAGAAUGAGGACACCAACUGAUAAAAUAACACUGAAAGAAACACCCCCCACAAUUCAUGCCAAUCAUCCUAAAACUCAGUAUUGUUUGAUAUCAUUUUGUCACAUCAGGUCAUAUUUUGUAGGCUAUGAAAUGGUCAACAAAUAGAUGUUUAAGCUGCAUAACAGAUUAAAACUGUAUUAAUUUAAUUUGUGUAUCAAAUUUGGAUAAAAUUUGUCUGAUCUGACGUUUUGGAUGAGAUUUUUUUCUGGAAAAUUAUGUUCGCUGAUUUUUUUUCAAAACCAGAUUUUCGAAUUUGUGUAACAUUUUUAACAGCAGUAUUUUUUAUGUAAGAUAUGAAAGUGAAGCACAGUUAGUGUUGUAUGAACAGGAGAGGUCUUUCUGAGUUCUGUAACGGGAAGGCUCUCCAUCUGUUUGUGUAAAUACGGAGAGGAGAGAGUAGGCUUGAUAUCUGUGAUAUUUGCAAUGAAUUAGUACAGUGAACAUUUAUAUUUUAUUACCAUGAAUGUUAUGUUUUGCUUUUAUUGUAAGAUUUGUUUCGUUUAAACAUUUAAAGUGGUAAGAUUAUAUAUUUUAAACUAUGUUCUUCCUGUUAACGUUGCUGAAUUAGUUUAAUUGAAAACUAUAAGCUUGAGAUAAACUAAAACCUUGCUUUAAAGUUCAUGUAAAGCGACUAUAUCAGACACUGUAACGGGCAGCCAUGUCAAUCUGUACACGUUGUUCCCGCAGAAAAAGUAUAGAGAAGGGAAACAUGACUUUUGCUGAGCAUAAACUGUGUUUUUCUUAUGAGGUACUUCAGUGCACUAUCUUUAAUAUCUUAAAAGAACAUGACUUGAAAACUACACUUUAUAAAUGACCCUUAAUAUUGCACAUAUGAAUGUUGUCGUGAGUAGCCAUGUGUCUGGUAGAUAAUAUUUUUGUCCUGGAGGUUUCUUAUCAUGAAUUUAACUUUUCAAAUUAAAUUUGUUCGGACUUUGAAUGCAGAUUAACAAGUUCAUAUAUAGUUUUUGAAAUCCAUUACCAGGCAUGCAUGUCUGGAUUGCAGUUCUAUUUUUUGAGAAGAACAAGGUACCACUCUAUAUGAACUUUGAAUUUUUUAACUGAAUAUUUGUCUAGAAAUCCCUUCUGAAAACUUUUUUAAUCUGACUGGUAUAGAAAUCCCUUCUCCGACUCACCUAGAAAUCCCUGCCAGAAUUUGUUUGGCUCAUUUAGAAAUCCCCGCUAAAAAUUCAUUUCACUGACUUGUCUAGAAAUCUCUGCUAAAAACUCAUUUUUCUGAGUUGUCUAGAACACGGUCCUCCACCACCAAAACCUGGCACGUCCUUAAAUGACCAUAGCUGUUAAUAGGAUGUAAAACACAAACAAAAGAAAAGAAAUCCGUUCAGCCACCUGUCGAGUAAUCACACGUACAUGUAUUCUCAAUCAUCUGCUGUUUAACUACAUCUCUAUGUACAUUUUGUAGCUGUUAGAUUUUCUUCAAUAAUGUGAAUUUAUAUUCAUUUAUUUUGUGGGUAUUCUUUAUCAACAAAGUUUUUGUUAUUGAUAAUGUUGAAUACUGUAACCACAAACACAUCAGCCAACGAAAUAGAAUAUUUUGUCAAAAUCACAAAUUUAACCCCCCACCACCCAUCCCCAUGCAAAUAUAUGUGAUUUCACUGUUCAUGUAUAAAAUCAUCAUUAAAAAAUGUAGAAAUGUAUUUAAAAAUCUCUAUUAUCAAUUUAUUCAUUAUCAUUCUUGAUAUCCUCAUCUUUGAAAAAUAGAAAGUCGUAUCGUACCUCAUUAUCAGAUCAUAUCCAUUGACCAGUGUGAGGACCCAUUGAGGGGUCUAUUUACAGCUAGGAAGAUUAUCAUGGAUAUUUGUUUUCUUCUCAAAUUUCAUUUUUCGUAUCUAUGCAUUCCUUGCCUUUAGUAGAAUCAUUCCUGCGUUAAUUAACAAAGAGAAACCCAGGUACAUCAUGAUUGAUCAUACUUAUAUGUAAAUAAACACUAGUAGACUUAAUUUGUGGAAUAGGUAUACAAAAUAUAUACUUAGAUUCAAACCAUAUUAGUUUGGAGAAAAUAUAUAUUAUUUUUAUAGAAAGGACGGAUGCUGUAAUAAGUAUUUGAGGAAUAUUUGAUUCAUUGUGUUUAGAUUUAUAAAGAAGAGAUUUGCACAGCAGGAUAUACAGACAGUCAUUUCAAGUGUACUUAAUCAAAGAAAACUAGAUGUAUACCUCAUGUGUACCGAGACAGUAUAUAGUCACAAUAAAGGGCAGUAACUCUUUUCAUCUAGUCAUGUUAAGUUCCCUCUGUCUCUUGGUGGAAAAAAGCGAAAUGUUUCUCCACUUUCUGAAAGGGUAAGAAUCUUUAAUAUCCACUUCUGUGAGGCUCCAGGAUCAUGGACCGGUCUCUGAAUUAAGUCAUAAUUUAAAUAUUGAUGAAAUAUAUGCUUCUUAUGAGACUUGGCCUUAAAUUGAUAUACUGUUCCAUAUAUAUAUAUAUGAUAUAUAAUACAAAAUCACAUUAAGACAUGGAACUUUAAAAAAUGAAAAGAAGAGAAAAGUUCAGUUUUGGAUUUAAUUGGAAAUUCUGUCAUGACCCUUCGGCUUGGACUGUAAAGACUUUUUACUCUGGGUUAAUAUUUCUAACUUACAAAAUAGUAGGCAAUGGUCUUUGUUUUCUCCCUCUCCUAAAAGAAAAGAUAUGAAAAAGAUUCAUUGCUUCAUCUGUUUAUUUAGAAAAAGGUACAUAUAAAUGAAUCUUUAACUGGUACAAGUAUUAUUAUACAAAUUGAUAUGAUGUAUCUUGCAAUGUUGAUUUCAUAUAAUCUUAGUACUCUUUCAGUGUUUGCAAAAUGUGAUUUUUAUUUUCAAAAUAUUUUUAAGAAAAUGAGUUCUCGAAAAAUUGAUAUGAGAGUAGAUAAACAUAAGAUUUAGGGAAAAAAAUGAAUAUUGACGUGUGUAUUUUAAAGUUUGAAUGUCAAUAGUACAUGCUGAGCUACAAGAUGAUGGUUGUACAGGGAGAGGGAAUGGGUUGAUGGGUUUAUGGUCAGACAUUCUGUAUAGGGACAGGGAAUGGGUUGAUGGGUUUAUGGUCAGACAUUAUGUAUUCUGUUCAGGGACAGAGAAUGGGUUGGUGGGUUUAUGGUCAGACAUUCUGUAUUCUGUAUAGGGACAGGGAAUGGGGUGGUGGGUUUAUGGUCUGACAUUCUGUAUUCUGUAUAGGGACAGGGGAUGGGUUGAUGGGUUUAUGGUCAGACAUUCUGUAUUCUGUAUAGGGACAGGGGAUGGGUUGAUGGGUUUAUGGUCAGACAUUCUGUAUUCUGUUGAGGGACAGGGAAUGGGUUGGUGGGUUUAUGGUCUGACAUUCUGUAUUCUGUAUAGGGACAGGGAAUGGGGUGGUGGGUUUAUGGUCUGACAUUCUGUAUUCUGUAUAGGGACAGGGAAUGGGUUGGUGGGUUUAUGGUCAGACAUUCUGUAUUCUGUUUAGGGACAGGGAAUGGGUUGGUGGGUUUAUGGUCUGACAUUCUGUAUUCUGUAUAGGGACAGGGAAUGGGUUGAUGGGUUUAAGGUCGGACAUUCUGUAUUCUGUACAGGGACAGGGAAUGGGUUGGUGGGUUUAUGGUCAGACAUUCUGUAUUCUGUACAGGGAAUGGGUUGAUGGGUUUAAGGUCGGACAUUCUGUAUUCUGUAUAGGGACAGGGAAUGGGUUGGUGGGUUUAUGGUCAGACAUUCUGUAUUCUGUACAGGGACAGGGAGGGAACGAGUCGAUGCAUGGGUCUAUGGUGGUACACAUUCAUAUAUAGAUUGUUAAAUGAGAAAAUAUUGGAAAAAGUGAAAAAUAAUUAUGAAUGUAUUUUAGAUAUUUCUUUUUUAUUCUUAUAAUAUAUGUACAACCAUGUUUAUUUUACUUUGUUUGCAUUUUCUGUCAUUCAGCUGGUUUGUAGUUUACCAAAUUGUUAUGCAAAUUUAGUUAAGUGUUGACGCAGAUUUGUGGUUGAUAUAAUAUAUGAGAAACCGUACUGCAAAGUAGAAUCAAUUUGAUGGUGUUUUAUCUGUUAAUCCCUUUGUGUAUCCUGGUCACUAUGUCCUGCCUACCAAUCAUCAAGUUAUUUUGUUUUCUUCGUCUCUACCCUAUUUUAUUCUAUUUGAUGAUAUUCUUGACUUAGGGCUGAUAGUGGGAUAAUCAGAUAAAUAUUUGGGAUAAUCAGAUAAAUAUUUGGGAUAAUCUGAUUGAAUUGUGAUGUUUAACUGGUAAAUUUGAUUUAAGAUUUUAAUUAAGUAUCCCUGGAUGUUUGUCUAAUGAUAGUGGAAGAUGUCAAGGUCACCUGUCUGAAUAUGUCAAGGUCACCAGUUUAAGACAUCAAAGUCACCAGACUUAAGAUAUCAAGGUCACCAGUCUUAAGAUGUCAAGGUCAUCAGUUUUAGGGUGGCAUGGUCACCAGUCUAAAAUAUCAAGGUCAUCAGUAUUAACAUGGCAAGGUCACAAGUCUUAGAUAUCAAGAUCACCAGUCUUAGAUGUAAAGAUUUCCAGACUAAGAUAAUAAGGUCGUCAGUCUAAGAUGUCAUGGUUACCUGUCUUAAGAUGUUUAGGGCACCUGUUAAGACAUCAAAGUCACUAGUCUUAAGAUGUCAAGGUCAACAGUUUUAGAUAUCAAAGUCACUAGUAUUUAGAUGGCAAGGUCACAAGUCUUAGAUAUCAAGAUCACCAGUAUUUAGGCAUCAAGAUCACCAGUCUAAGAUGUAAAGAUUUCCAGUCAUCAGUCUUAGGAUAUUAGGGUCAUUAGCCAAAGGUGUCAAAGUCACCUGAAACUCUUUUGGUUUUCUAAUUUGUAUGUUUUGAAGAUUUUAUGAAGUGUUGUAGAGAUGUUUUUCUGGCAGUAAUCUGAGAGAGAGGUGAAAGUCACUAUAGUUUUAUAAUGUUUAUAAUUCAGAAUCAUCACAAGGACAGAAAGGAGUUGUUGUCAACUCAGAUCUUGUUCUCUAGUUGAAUCGGUAAAACUGUGUUAAACAAAAAACAAUUUUCUAUUUUUGUUUCUAAUUAUUUUGUUUAUUUUGGUUUUGUAUUCUAUACUUACUGAGACAGUAUUUGUUAGACUUUUUAUUGCAUUCUGUAUUUGUUUUAAAUUGUGAUAAUUUUUAGUUUUGAUACAUUAAUGAUGUUCAUGCUAUAGAAAUCCAUUGAGUUUGUCGUAUAGGUUAAUGUAUUAUGUUGCAGUGGUGCUCCAUACAGAUGGUAUUUUAAGUGGAACACUAGCUUCAGGAAUUCAAAUUACCGAGUUUAACAGUGGAAAUAAAUUCUUAUAAUGAUUUUUAAUAAUUUGAGGGGAAUUCAAAUGGACCUAAAUAUGCAACUGACAGGUAGACCAUCUACAGGACGACCAGGUAGACCAUCUACAGGUAGACCAGGUAGAUCAUCUACAGGUAGACCAGGUAGACCAGGUAGACCAUUUAUAGGUAGACCAUCUACAGGUAGACCAUUUACAGGUAGACCAGGUAGACCAGGUAGAUAAUCUACAGGUAGACCAGGUAGACCAGGUAGACCAUUUACAGGUAGACCAUCUACAGGUAGACCAGGUAGACCAUCUACAGGUAGACCAUU